AUGUCGUCCCCAGCAUCCACCCCGAGCCUCACCUCCACCGAGCACGAUUCAGAAGACUCACAAGAUUCAAUAGCAUCAACAGGGCUGAACCCUUCUGUGAUAUCAAAAUAUCAACAAAAGCACGCGUUGAACAUAGCACAAAGGAACUCCGUCACCUCACACAGCGUCGAAGACAUUCUAUCCGAAAACUGUAAUUACAGUUCCCAGGACAACGUCUUCUCCGACUGCAGAAAUGUAGCUUUAUCAUCCAUACAGAACUCUUUCGAUUACAAUUCCAGAGAUUCAGCCGGAUUCAGCAUACAAGAUAUUCUUGGGUUGCCUCAAUCGUACAACCCUAAUAGUGGGCAAGACGAGAUUGAGCCAAGAUACGACUAUCAAAUUCAGAAUUAUGACAACAUCAGCAAUAGUUCGAACAACUACGUGGCAGCCGCUGUUGAUGAGGGUUCUCCUGAAGGAUGCAAGGGUGCUGGGUUGUACGGCGGCGGCGGCGGCGGCGGCGGCGCGGCGCCCUCUGGUGAGCUGUACGCGGCGGAGUAUGCUGCGGAGGCGCUGCACGCUCACCCGACUACCAGCUUCGGUGGUGACAUCGCUAACGACCCAGAAAGCGGUUUUACAACUGAGAAUCCUUCCUGGAACAGCAAAUCAUCAACGGUUAUCAACCACACGCUAAUAUCGAGGAACUCAUCUUCACUUUCGGAAAACGCGAUGUCAAAUGACUCAUCAUACCAAAAGGGGUUCUCAAAGAGAGCAAGAACUGCUUACACCAGCUCUCAGUUGGUUGAAUUGGAGAAUGAGUUUCAUCAAAACCGAUACUUGUGCAGACCGCGGAGGAUCGAGCUGGCCAACUACUUGCAACUAUCGGAGCGACAAAUCAAAAUUUGGUUUCAAAAUCGGAGAAUGAAGUACAAGAAAGACAAUAAGCACAACAAGCCAUCUUCAUCUGUCGACGAUAGCAGCACUCCUUCGAGUUCGAAGGGUCAAUCUCCGAGUCAGGACCACAAGAUGAGCCACGGGCGCGGCUGCGGGGGCCACGACCGCCCGCGCCGACUGCUGACCGACGUCCACGCCUCGCACCACAAGAUAUACCUCACUCCCAACGACCCCUUAUCGAGACCCCCGGAAUAUUCAUCCACAAGCGCACUCAAGUCCGUUAUCAAGGGCCCGUCGAGUUCCAUAGAGCUGCCGUCGUACUCUCCUAAUCUGUGCUCAUACUCGUCAUACUACGCGCCGUCUGCGAGCCGAGCCACUUACUCACCGCUUCCUGACAUUUAUCGCUACGGGAAUGACGAGGCAUUGCAGUCGAGUGCGAAUCCUUUGCCGACGCUGGGUGCGGGUGAUAGUUACAUGCCAAAUGGGGUGAGUUUGAAGCUCGGUGAGGAUGUCGCUCGAUACUCCACUGGAUCUCCUUACUACAACCAUCUGCCAUCGUCGACCGCCGGGGCUCCGUCCACGAGUGAAGCGAGCUACGGGUUCAGCACGGGGGUGCCGGCCCCCACGUACGAGGACAGUGCGCUGCACCCGCGGGGCUCGGGGGUUCCCCUCACCCAGGACCCGUACUUGUCCUAUUUGAUGACGUCAGCUGACAGCCAGCACACGGCCGCGUCAGCCGCCGCCGCCGCCGCCAAGUAUUCUUCCUACAUAUCUUUGUGAUAAACUGGUUCACUGUUAAUUACUUACAAUGUUUCGUAAUGUUUUACUUAAUGCUACUACUUAAUACCUAUUGUUUAAA